AUGGCCCCGAAACGCACCCCAGCCGCUGCAUCAUCAGCAGCAGCAUCAGGCAGCUCCGGCCCCGUCUCCGCGCCCUCCCCCCAGACGACCGCCGCGCCGUCGUCGCUCUCCUCCGGCCCCAAGACCCUCACCACCAACUCCUCCAUCUUCGACAUCGCCCACACCGUCUGGCAGCAGUACCUGGCUACCACCCCGCAGCGCACCCUCCUGCUGGACGCCUUCAUGGCGUUCUUGGUCCUGGUCGGCGGCGUGCAGUUCGUGUAUUGUGUGUUGGCGGGUAAUUAUCCCUUCAACGCCUUCCUGAGCGGCUUCUCCGCCGCUGUCGGCCAGUUCGUCCUCACGGCUAGUCUGAGAAUGCAGACGAGCUCCCCGUCCUCCUCGACAACUUCUGGGGAAGAAGGGGCAUUCGCGGAUUACGUCUUCGGGAGCCUGAUUCUGCAUUUCUUCUGUAUUAACUUUAUUAACUAG